AAGCGAUUGUGUGUUCUUUAGAGGUGGCUGAGAGGAGGAGGGGGCCUGGCCCCAAGGAGGGUUAAAGGCCUCCUGGAGUCAAGAACAAGCAGGUGUCCCACCGUGCCAGAGACCGCUGCCUAAACUGCUUCCAGCUUUUCCCCCUUCUGCAACACGUCUGUGAUCAGCCACGGGACAGAGGCGCCAGCAGCCUGCCUCUGACAGACAUCAGGUUAGCUCGCUCCCACUCGGGUGGUGCGCCCAGGAUAUAAAUCCAGGCUCGAGCCCCUGCCGUGUUCCUCUCCCUGCGCACCCGGGUUUGGGGGGGGGGGACGGAGUUUCCUUCCAAAGACCUUUCUUUUAUCUGAAGCUUCACAGCCCAGCAGGCUGCACUUGGUGGAAGCGGCCACAGCAGCCGAAGCCAGCAAGCAGCCUCAGCAAGGAGACUUGCUGGGGUGAAGAGGGCAGGUGUGCCAGCCCCUGGAGAAGAAGGGCCCUGGUGGGCCUCAGCCCUUGGUGUCAUCACAUGCAAGCCUUCUGGCCACUGCAGACCGCACCAUGAGGGUCCCAGGGUGUCAUCGGUUCUGGUUCCACUGGGGGCUGCUGUUGCUGCUGCUCCUGGGGGCACCCCUUCGAGGCUUAACAUUGCCACCCAUCCGCUAUUCCCAUGCGGGCAUCUGCCCCAACGACAUGAACCCCAACCUUUGGGUGGAUGCCCAGAGCACCUGCAAGCGAGAGUGUGAAACUGACCAGGAGUGUGAGACCUAUGAGAAGUGCUGCCCCAACGUGUGUGGGACCAAGAGCUGCGUGGCAGCCCGCUACCUGGACGUGAAAGGGAAGAAGGGCCCCGUGGGCAUGCCCAAGGAGGCCACGUGCGACCACUUCAUGUGCCUGCAGCAGGGCUCGGAGUGCGACAUCUGGGACGGGCAGCCCGUGUGCAAGUGCAAAGACCGGUGCGAGAAGGAGCCCAGCUUCACCUGCGCCUCCGACGGCCUCACCUACUACAACCGCUGCUACAUGGAUGCCGAGGCCUGCUCCAAGGGCAUCUCCCUGGCUGUAGUCACCUGCCGCUACCACUUCACCUGGCCCAACACCAGCCCUCCGCCACCUGAGACCACCGCCCAUCCUACCACGGCCUCUCCGGAGACUCUGGGGAUGGACAUGGCAGCUCCAGCCCUGCUCAACCAUCCUGUCCAUCAAUCGGUCACUGUGGGCGAGACUGUGAGCUUCCUCUGUGAUGUGGUGGGCCGGCCGCGGCCCGAGCUCACUUGGGAGAAACAACUGGAGGACAGAGAGAAUGUGGUCAUGAGGCCUAACCACGUGCGUGGCAAUGUGGUGGUCACCAACAUCGCCCAGCUGGUCAUCUACAACGCCCAGCCCCAAGAUGCCGGCAUCUACACCUGUACAGCUCAGAAUGCCGCUGGCGUCCUCAGGGCUGACUUCCCGUUGUCAGUGGUCAGGGGCGGCCAAGCAAGGGCCACCUCAGAGAGCAGUCUCAAUGGCACGGCGUUCCCAGCAACCGAGUGUCUAAAGCCUCCAGACAGCGAGGACUGUGGAGAGGAGCAGACACGCUGGCACUUCGACGCCCAGGCUAACAACUGCCUCACUUUUACCUUUGGCCACUGCCAUCGCAAUCUCAACCACUUUGAGACCUACGAGGCUUGCAUGCUGGCUUGCAUGAAUGGGCCUCUGGCCACGUGCAGCCUGCCGGCCCUGCAGGGGCCCUGCAAAGCCUACGUACCGCGCUGGGCCUACAACAGCCAGACGGGCUUAUGCCAGUCCUUCGUCUACGGCGGCUGCGAGGGCAAUGGCAACAACUUCGAAAGCCGUGAGGCCUGCGAGGAGUCGUGUCCGUUCCCACGGGGCAACCAGCACUGCCGGGCCUGCAAGCCACGGCAGAAACUCGUCACCAGCUUCUGCCGAAGUGAUUUUGUCAUUCUGGGCAGGGUCUCAGAGCUGACUGAGGAGCCCGACUCGGGCCGCGCCCUGGUGACCGUGGAUGAGGUCCUAAAAGAUGAGAAGAUGGGCCUCAAGUUUCUGGGCCGGGAGCCGCUGGAAGUCACGCUGCUUCACGUAGACUGGGCCUGCCCUUGCCCCAACGUGACAGUGGGCGAGACCCCGCUCAUCAUCAUGGGGGAGGUGGAGAGUGGCAUGGCCAUUCUGAGGCCCGACAGUUUCGUGGGCGCGUCGAGCACACGGCGGGUCAGGAAGCUUCGUGAGGUCGUGCACAAGAAAACCUGCGACGUCCUGAAGGAUUUCCUGGGCUUGCGUUGAGGCUGGCCCGUCUACCCUGACCCUUCUCCACCCACCCACCCCCUGCCCUCAGUCAGCCAAUGGGGGAGAUCAGGUUAGGCAACCGUGGCCGGCGGAGCAAGCUCAGCUAACAUGUGGGAAGAAAUCCACCAUAGGUCUUAAAAACGAUCUCUAGUCUUUGGGUUCGACAGAAGGUCCAUAUCUUUUUUUUUUUUUUUUAGCUGGGAGAGAGGUUGGCUGGGGAAGAAAAGACACAUGUAAGUUAUUUCCCGUGAGCGGGCCCCUGAAGUGGUCUCACUCCCCCUUUGCUGACCCAUGUCCUUCUGGCCAGUCUCCUAGCCAGGGUCAGAAAGAGAGGGCAUCUACACUGUUAAAAGUUUUAGCUUGGCCGGGCGGUGGUGGCGCACGCCUUUAAUCCCAGCACUCGGGAGGCAGAGGCAGGCGGAUCUCUGUGAGUUCGAGGCCAGCCUGGUCUACAAGAGCUAGUUCCAGGAUAGGCACUAAAAACUACAGAGAAACCCUGUCUCGAAAAAUCAAAAAAAAAAAAGGUUUAGCUUGUAUAGGGGGUGUAUGGGGAGAGAGCAGAGAGUUCAAAGGUUGCUUAAGACGACUUCCCCAUCGCCUGCUGCAUCACGUAAUCAGAGACCACCUCCCAUUAAGGAAGCCACUGUCCAAUCCAGGAUAUAACUUUAUCGUAAUGGAGGCCGCAGUUUGUGUCCCUGAGGUCAGCAAAAGCCCCUGUUUUCCCUCCUCAGUUGCAUUGGUUUGUUGGGUUGCUUCUGUUCCUUUCAGCUCAGUUCAGUGGGCACUUCCUGGGUGCCAGGUGCUAGGACCAUAGAGAGCGGCCCUGUUCCCCUGGCAGAGCCAAAAACCGCCAAGUCCUCAUCCCCCAGGAGCCAGUGGGUGAACGGCAGCAGUUAGCCACUACCAUCUGAUGGACGGUAUGCUUUUAUAGACCAUGGACUUCCUUGGAGAAGUCCCAGGAUCUGUUUUGGUAGCAAGGGAAAUAAGGAAGACAAAAGGCAGGAGGGGCAGGGGACAGGCCAGGAAUCAAAGCGGAGGCGGGCCCAGGGAGAAGGAAUAUUGCUCGAUGCUGCCAUCUGGUGGUGAAUGUGGAUGUCUACAGGCAUCAGGAGGGAGGGACUAUCUAGGCGGGGUCUGGGAGGAGCCUUUGGAGAUGGCAGCUCUGAGAUCACUUGUUUCUCCUGGUCCCAGGCACACAGCACUGGGUAGAGGAUUUGGAACCCCUCUGUCAUCUCUGCAUCUCUCCUGUUCUCUCUGUCAUCUCUGCAUCUCUCCUGUUCCCUCUUCAGCCCCUCAUUCUGUCCACAUCCCUCCAAAGGAGGCAUUGUGGGAUAC